AUGCAAGGAUUAAACAGCAACUACUAUUAUUACAUUAUUACACGUGGACAUAAAUUAUUAAUACAGACGGCGAUACUUGAACAAUACCUGACAGAAGAAGUGACUGGUCGUUUGUGUCAAAGUCUCUUCUACGAAUUUUAUCCAGUAAUGUCAAUAUAUUUUAAAAGACAUUUACCGGAAAAAAUUUUUCCAUCGCGUGAAUGUCAAAUAGCAGGCGGUCAUAUUUCGUAUAAAAUAGGCAAGGAAAUUACUUUCUUCAAUAUGCAUUCCAUUUAUUUCGCCUUUUUCUUCUUCCAACUGGGCAACAUUCAAACCUCAGAAGCGCAAACAGAACAAACAGCGCCGUUGGAUUUACCAGUGCAGGGAUUGAGUGACGAACAAAUGGGAAAUUUGUUUUUAUUAGCCGAAGUAGCCGCUAAAAUGCCGAGAGCCGAAGUAGCUGUCAAAAAUACAGAUGAAUCUGACAGUCAAAAUUUAACAAUCAAGAUGAAAUUAACAGCCAAAAAAGAGAGCGUUAAACGAAAAAUUACGGCUGAACCCAUAGGAAAGAAACCAAAAAGGAAGAAAUCGCAGUGCACUGUGUGCCAAAAGAAGGCAACAAAUAUGCGAAGGCAUAUGAGAACUCAUACUGGUGAGAAGCCUUACAGUUGUUCAAUAUGCAAGAGAAGUUUCUCUCAACCACACCAUGUGGAAUAUCAUAUGAGAACUCAUACCAAUGCGAAGCCGCACAGUUGUCGGAAAUGCGAGAAAAGUUUCAGACUAAACAACAUUUGA